UACACCCACCUAGUCAUCAAAAUUCUGUAAGCUCGAACAUUCGUGUCAACUUGUUGCGAUGUUCUUGACACGUUACGCCCCAAUCCCAAUCCCAUUCCAUUCUAUGCCCCUUUUACCACACAAAAAUAUAAAAUCUUUUCCGUUGGACAAAAACAAAAAUCCACAUAUAUAAAAAUAAAAUGUGCCCAAACAAAAUUUUGUGGAUAUUAAUGCCCCAAAACCAUCCAUCGAGUAGAAAUCAGAACAAAAUUAAAAAGAGAAGGCAAUUAAUCAUAACUCUAAUAAAAAAAAAAAAUGCUCUCCAUGAAUUUGGUCCACGUAAAUUAGUGUAUUAAUAGAGAGAGAUGGAAUGAAUAUCGCAAAAGUUGGAGGGAUUUUGAAGGAAGAAGUGAAGUAUGUUACGAUUAAAGCUGUAUUGUUGCUGUGUUGUCCCGAUUCAUGGCAGUGAACAGACAAAGUCCGUAGCCACCACUCUGAAGCUCACCUCAAUAUUUGUUAACAAGAAAAGUAGCAAUAUUAAUUCAUUUGUUGUUCGGGCAUUGAAAGAUGAGAUGGGCGGCGGAGGUGCACCGGGUCAGAGUUGGGAUCCCGGCUUGGAAUUUCAAGUACCCUUUGACCAAAGACCCGUGAAUGAAUAUUCAUCCCUAAAAGAUGAGAGUCUAUACUCCUGGGCAGAUUUGGGGCCUGCGUCAUUUUUCCUUCGGCUCGGGGGCCUUUGGUUGGUCACUUUCACGGUCCUCGGAUUGCCUAUUGCAGCGGCAAGCUUCAGUCCUUCUAAGGAUCCAUUACGCUUCGUCCUAGCUGCUGGAACGGGAACUCUUUUUCUUGUUUCGUUGAUUGUCCUAAGAAUUUAUCUGGGAUGGAGUUAUGUUGGUGACCGGCUUUUGUCCGCAGUUGUCCCGUAUGAAGAGAGUGGGUGGUAUGAUGGCCAGAUGUGGGUAAAACCACCUGAGAUCCUUGCCCGUGAUCGAUUGUUGGGGUCAUAUAAGGUAAAACCAGUGAUCAAGUUACUAAAACAGACUCUGGUCGGGACAGGAGCCCUACUCGUUGCAGCUGUUUCAUUGUUCAUUUUUGCAACACCAGUUGAGGAAUUUUUUCAAAGGGACUCUGUACAGAAAGGGAACAUUUCCCAAACUUCAGCUUCGAAGAUCAACAUAAGGAAGGAGGAAUUGUUGAGAUUGCCAAUGGAGGUGAUUUCAGAUGACGAUUUAGCAGCGGCAGCUGCUGAGGCGGCCGACGGGAGGCCAGUGUACUGCAGGGACAGGUUCUACCGAGCCUUAGCUGGGGGACAAUAUUGCAAGUGGGAGGAUCUACUUAAGUGAUUAAUGGAGUUCUUGUUAUUAUUUUUAUUUUUGGCAUUGUGUACAAGCUUAUUAGUGAUUGGAAGGUUGAGUUUUGAUUCACAUUUCAAGAAUGUGAAUAUAACGUAAUGUACGGGAAAUAACAGAAUAAUAUUUCUUCUCUCUCUUAGAUAGGAUUUGGUAUGAAAGAUUCUUGAUGUUGUAACUUUUUGAAAAUCAGUUACAAAAAAUUUGGUUUGAACCAAUUUUGAUUUAUUUUUUAACGGCUAAAGAUUUAAUUUCG